GAUAAACAAUUCGGCGAAUGCACUAAAUGCUUUCAACGUCAACAUCGACAACCACAUCCCACAAAUUUUUGUUUCGCAUGGCUUGUUUGAUUGUUUAAAAAAUAGUAAAUAGAGAAAUGGCGUAGUUACUCUUAAACAUGCCUAUUAAGUCGUUGUCUUGGACGGGGCGCUCAAAAUCGAUCGCAUUUCUUGAGGCUCUGGGAAAUAAUGGACAUUCGUUUUCAAAGAAAACUUAUCACAAACCUACUUACUGUCAUCAUUGUACCGAUAUGUUGUGGGGUUUUACUAACCAAGGAUUUCAGUGCUCAGUUUGCAACUUUGUGAGUCAUGAAAAAUGCUUGGCCCUCAUUACAAUACCAUGUCAUUAUCUUGCUUGCACGCUCAUAAAGGAUCCUGUGGGCCACCAAUGGUCACCCUAUCGUAUGUUGAAAAGAAAAUAUUGCAACGUUUGUCGAAAGCUGUUGAAUGAUUCGUCUGACUUAAGUUGUCAAGUAUGCGAGUACAACGUUCAUUAUGCUUGCAAAGAUUCAGCAAUCAACUGCUGUAAACGAAGUGCAACAUUCACUAUCAAAGAAAGGAAGGGUGAAAACAAUCACCAUUGGCAGGAGGGAAAUCUUCCAUCAGGAUCAAAAUGUUAUGUAUGUAAAAAGUCAUGCUACUCUUCUGAGUGUUUGGCAGGUGUAAAGUGUAAAUGGUGUCCAUUAACGGCGCAUUCUGGUUGCUAUCGACGUAUAACUAGCAGCUGUGAUUUUGGAUACUUUAAUCAUCUGAUGUUACCGCCUUAUGCAUUGUCCAUUCCAAAUCUUGCUGUUUGGAGAAAAAUGACCCACGAAGUUAAAAAGACCAGUGACAAUAUUUGCUUGGAUAGUGAAAGUUUGAGUGAAAUCUCACUCAGUGAACACAUUGACUCUGAAGACGAGUUAUUAGUGAAGUCCCCCACUGACUCAGCUCAUGGUUCUGAUGUGACCAAUUCUAUCAAGAUUUACGACGGAAAAUUAGAUGGUCCGAGAAUGUUCAAAAUCGUCCAUGCUUCCAGAACAACAAAAGCAUCCCAAAUUUUGGUUGAAGCAUUAAGACUUUAUCAAAUCACUGAUGAUUCCGAAAAUUAUUACCUCACCAAAACUAUGGAUAGAUAUAGCGAGCGUACAGUAGAUCCAGAAGAAAUGCCGUUACAAUUUCCCAGUCGGAAUAAACAAACCAUGAUAUUUUUACGCAUUAAGAAUGCAGAAAAAAGUGGAAAUAUUCGUGUUUACUUGGCAAUGGAUAGAGCGACAUCUUCAUUCAAAACUAUAAAAGUUCAAGCAUCUACAACUGUUAACGAAGUUAUUUCCAAGUCACUCCUAAGAUUUUCAUUGGAGGAGAAAAAGCCUGAAGACUUUGUCCUCAUUAUAACGACUCUUUUUGAUGGAGUUAAGGAACGUGCAAUGAGCGGUGACGAGUUUCCUUGGCAAAUUCUCACACAAAUGAAAAGGAAAUCGAUACGCGAAAUGAAAUUUACUCGUUUCUACCUUCGACCAAUAGACGAGCCUUCAGGCAACGUGAUUCUAUGUGUCAGCAACCUCCCAAUGAUGUUAAAGAAUGAGUCAUAUCUCAAUUUUCUCAAAGAACAUCUACAGCACGAUAAUUUUAUCGUUGAAGCCUUGUACCCAGCAUCAGGAACGGCGUUUCUGUCGUUUCCUUCAGCCGACGUGGCUUCCUAUGCAAUGGUUGAAUUGGAAUCAGCAAUUUUGAGCGGGAAAAAUCUGUUUGUGAAACUAAUUCCAAAUAUUUACGAGAACACUUUGAAUGAGAAGAGUAAUCCAGUGUUGGUAAUGGUGAAUGUACGUAGCGGUGGAGGUCAAGGUGGUGAUUUACUUAUAGAAUUUCAAAAGAUAUUAAAUCCUCAUCAAGUUUACUCUCUCACUGACGGUGGACCUUUACCAGGGCUUUAUGCUUUCCGUAAUCUUAAAUCAUUUCGCAUUCUUGUGUGUGGUGGUGAUGGAACUGUUGGUUGGAUCCUAUCUGCUAUUGACGAAUGUUCUAAACAUUUGAAGUGUCGUGAUCCUGCUGUAGCUGUACUUCCUCUUGGGACUGGAAAUGACUUAUCUCGUGUAUUGCGAUGGGGUUCUGGUUACAGUGGCCAUGAAGAUACUUCUGCUUUACUGUUGUCACUUGAUGAUGCCAGUAUCGUUCCUUUAGAUAGGUGGACAAUAAUUUUAGAAUCGUCACAUAUGUCAAAUGAUACACCUACUAUCGAGGAUCUACCAAACAGUUUUGUAAUGAAUAAUUAUUUUGGCAUUGGGAUUGAUGCUGCUUUGUCGCUGGAUUUUCAUCUUGCCAGGGAGGAAGCACCAGAGAAAUUCACAAGCAGAUUGCACAACAAGAGCGUGUAUUUUCGUGUUGGCCUUAGAAAUAUGGUCAGAAAGUCAAUGGAGUUCAAUGAAAACGUUUCACUGCAGAUUGAUGAUAAAGAUGUUGAUAUGCCUGUUAUAGAAGGAAUCAUUAUCCUAAAUAUUGCCAGUUGGGGAGCAGGAUGUGAUCUUUGGGGACAAAAUAAUGAUGACAAAUUUGCAGUGCCCUCAUGUUAUGAUAAUAAACUGGAGGUUGUUGGUGUAACUGGAGUUAUGCAUAUGGGUCAAAUCAAGAGCGGAAUGCGUUGUGGUUUAAGACUUGGUCAAGGCUCUAAGAUUAAUCUGUGCUUGAAAUCAGAAUUACCUGUUCAUGUGGAUGGUGAACCGUGGUACCAACCCCCUGGAAAUAUUAUCAUACGACCCACUCUCAGUCAGGCAAAAAUGUUACAAAAACGUUCAAAGACAUUGCGGUCACCCAAAACAGAGAAGUCACGCAAAGGUCUCAUGAAUAGCAGAUUUUAUAGUUUUGAUGCAGGUGGUGCAAUUGUUGGAACAUCCAAAAAUAAAGAAAGUUUAUGAUUGCUAAUAGCCAGCCAUUACCUAGUUCUUGCAAAGUAUAUUGAAUUUUGAUCAUUUCCCCUCCUGAAAGUUGAUCAAAUCACAUGAAACAGUUAUGAAUCCCUUACAUGUAAGGAGGGAGAUACAUUAAAGUCAUGUAAACAUUUUUUAUCCAAAUUACACAGGUGUAACAAUAUUGUAUGAUUUAAUUAUUUUAACCAGUAUUUAUUAUGUAGAAAUAAUUUGUGCUAAAACUUCUUUAUUUAUAAUUUCUGUAAAACAUUUAUUGAUGAAUUAACAGCUAAGGAGAACAGUUAUUUGAAGAAUUCUAAAACUAAAAUAAAUUUUCCAGUCCAUAAGUCUUUACAUUACCUAAAAUAUAAACUAAGUGAAACUGUAGUUAGAAAUUUUAAAAGUAGUAACUGCUACAAAUACAAGUCCACUGUUAUCUUUUUAAA